AUGCUCAUGCCUAAUGUAGAGACAUUAGUUUCGAAUCUUUUCACCAUAUGGAUAGGAAUAUUGGAAUUGCAUGCUAAUGUGGCUCGCUUUGAUAAAGAUUCUAAACCUGCAGUGGUACCAAUGAAAAGGGUUAAACCUAUGGAAAACCAUCAUCAACCCCUACAUUCCAAUAACGGAAGACCUUAUGCAUCAACUCUUUGUGUAGAUAAUGUUCGUACAAGUGUUUUGAAAGACGUUAGCAACCUCGCUAUUAAUGAUAGAAUCGAUAUUUAUGACGGGUUGUCUAAAUCUAUUAAGAAGUGUAAGUAUGAAUUCUUUCUAGUGGAUGCAUCUGCUUUUCCAAGUCCUAUGAAGUUGGGUAACCUUGACGAUCAAGAGUCCGACUCCGAUCCUGAACUCAGCCUUAUAGAAAAGACUGUUGUUGAUAGGUUAUCUGUAAAUUAUAUGAAAUGGUCUGAUCCAGAUGAGGGGGUGCUUGAAAUGGUCGGGCUAGAAAACGCUUGGGCUAAGGAAGAGAAAUUAGAUCCCACUCUUCAAGUGCUAGAUUGUUUAGACGAUUUGGUGAAUGUUUUUCCCAUCAAGCGUCGAAGAACUCUACGGCCCCAAAAAAACACAAAUGUCAUUUCGGCGAGUUCCAUGGAUGAAUAUGUAGCCCCACCUAUGAUUUCUGCGGAUGUAGGCGAAACCACUAAGCUACAUGAGCGCCCUAUUCAUUUUGACCCCAUCAUGGCUGAUACUAGCAAUGCAGCUGUCGAGCCUUCCCUUCCAGUUGUUCCUCCUGAAGGGUCAGGAGAGGUAGCACUUAUUCAAUCUGAUGUUAUGGUGGUUUGUACAAUCGCUCGUCCCUUUAUCAGUGUUCCUAACCUUCAUGUUGAUGUUGCAAGGCUUUCUUUUCGCCAAAAGUUAUUUGGCCUAGGAUUUGGUUCUGGGAAAACUAAACCCAAUAUUUUGGGAGCUAUGCCAACUGUUAGCACUCGUGUUGAGGCAAAUCCUUCUUCAAAGGAGAAUACCAAAUUUGAGGUUAUUGAUACUCUUGAUUUGGACUCCUUCAUAGCUACUUCAAACCAACUUGUCAUCGAGGUCGAUGCCAACACUGUUAGACCCAUGUAA